AUGGAUAGACCAACGACCGGGCAGUCUCGAUUUUCGGGGCUGACGCUAGACACUCAGUUGAGUCGGCAGACAUCGCUGGCACCAAAAGAGCUCGAAGGAAUCUUCACUUUUGAAGGAGUCUCGCACGACUUACUGCUCUCAAAUGGGAAGCUUUAUUGGGAGCCAAUUACAGUCGAUAUUCAAGGUACUGAGGCACCGGGAAAGUACUGUGUUAAAAUUGAAAAAUUCGUGAUUGGUGUCCGCGUCAGAAAAAUCAGAACUGUUCGAUCGAGGACAAACAUGGUCGAUUGUAACAGGAUUCAGCUGGAGAGUAAUUGCGGACGAUGA